AAAGUUUAGUUGUAGCAGAGGCCACUGCAGAAUCAGGUUGUUCUCCAACAACCAGGGGCUCUUUGAUUAAUCAUCAUGGGAAACUGCACCUCAGGGCUACAGAAGAGGAAAAAAGGGAAUUCUACCGAUGGAAACACUGAUGGAAGCAACGGGAAUAAGCCCAAUGAGGAUGUAACGUACGCCUCCAUCACCCACCCUCCUGGCCAUGGAUCAAGACCUGAAAAUGCUACCAAUGAAUACGAUGGUGACAAUGACUGUGACUACGCUACGGUUAAAAUCCCAGCGGAAGUUCAAGUAGAUACUUAUUCCGAGUCAUCCAAAGAGGAAUGCACAGAUGAUUAUGUGCUCAUGGGCUGAAGAGAAAUAUGAAGAUGAGCUCAUUUGGACAUGUUUGUGGCAUGGAGGAGCUCAUGAGAUCGUAAACUAACCUGAGCGCUAUGGAGAAAAUGAUGGAACUAUGAGAGUUUACAGAUGAAUCAUGAUCGUAUCUCGAUUACCAAAGACAAACCGUGGAAAAACUGCAAAGAGCUAGUAGUUGUAGGGAUGUUUAACUGCUAGAUGAUACUUUUCCUCUAUGGUGGACCAGAACAAGAAGACAAAGGGCAUGCAAUUUCUUUAUACAGAUUACAUUUGAAGAUAUUUCAGUUGUAUUUGUCUAUCUCUAAAGAUAUCUGCAAGAAAAUGUCUGGAGUUAGUCCAACAAGCUCUCUACUCGGCAUUGGCUAGUAUAAAAUAUUUAUGGCUUGACAUUCUUGACUAAAUAAUAUUACAAUUUCAUCCAUAUAGUCACAGUUCAGUAGCCUCAUUAUUGAGAAGCUAAUGUCUAAAUUAGCCAAACAGCGUUUCCAUCCAGCUUGCAGCUUUUCAACAGUAGUUUUCAAUGUGUGACCUCAUUACAAGAAUGCAAGUAGACCACACUGCCUUACAACUUGCUCCGCCCAAUCAGUCAGCCCAACAUCUUGGCUCACUGCCAGUUCACAGUUAACAAUUUUAACUGUUGUUAAAAUUUAACAACAGUAUAAUGGAAAAAUUGAGUGGCUUUCCAACCAUGUAAACGCCCAGUGCUUCUUCUCUUAGCUUUUGCAAUCUGAAAAAAUGACAUUUGAAAGCCUGUACAAAAUGAAUAUUAUUGUGAGUUUAAAAUUAGGUUUUGUUCCAGGAAAAAUAGAUCAGCACAGUUCUUCCGGAAAUGAAUCCAAGCUUUCCUUAAAGUGUGGCUUUAAGGAAAUCAAAUGCAACUAAGGCUGACUUUGAGUUGACUGAGAAUCUCACUACCACUACAUGCGGAGCUGCAAAAGUAUAUUACUGUUUGCAUGUUUCAUUGGAGUGUGCCUGAUAUGCUCAAAUGGUUGAAUCACUUUUAGUUUUUGCUACUGUAAAAAAAAAGUGGUUUAUGGUUUCCCUACCACUCAAAAACAAAACGUGCAAACAACAUGACAUGCAGGUUUUUAAAGCAUAACAAGUGCCUAUUUGCCUUGUUUUCCGGGUGUACAUCUGCUGUCAAUCUAUAAAUAUUCUGCUGCAGAUGGAGGCUUGAUCUUAUCUCUCUGUUCAUGCUGAAGAAACAGAACGCCCAUGCUUUGCUCCACUUUUAACCAAAGUUUCACUAUCUUUAAAACCUCCAUGUUGACCUGCAAAGACCAACCUUCACUCACUGAUGAUAUACGUAAAUAUAUAUAAGGCCCGAUUUUACUGGUCAGGUUAGCUGCCAGGUUAAAGAAAAUAUUAAAAAAGCAAAUAAAAUUUACACAUGAAUGUAUCUUAAUUUAUCAUCUUUUUACGGCUGCAUGCUCCUGUUAUAACUUCUAUUCAUUUCCUUAAUGUUAUACUAAUAGCUAAAUAUGUAUUUGUAUAUACGUUUUUUUUUGUGUGUGUGUGUGCAUUGUGUGUAGUACAUGCACCUUUAUUUAUGUUUGACUGGUUGUGUAUAAAAUGAAUUUAGCUAACUUUCUUGUGGUUUUAUUUUUUGUGUUUAUUCUUUAUGUUUUCUAUUAAUUAAAAAUUUUUAGCCUAAGAGGCUUAGUCACAUUUUUUAAAUACAAAUUAGUAGUAAUAUUUAGAAUUGUCUUCAGAAAGUACAUUUAUUUUGGUAAUUCAGGUAAAAAAAGAAAAAUAAAAAACCUGAAGAUUGUAUGUGAAUAUGUAUUAUAUCUGGUGUCCUACUGUGUUCAAUGACCAUAUUGACAGCAUGGUCAUUAAUCAUUUGUUGACCUUUUAGUUUUCUAGAUAAUACACUGAUUCUAGAUAAUAUACAUCCUGGACAGCUUUGUGUGUGAGCUACAGUCCAUGAGAUUCUGCCCAAUAUUUUGAGUGAGUUACUUUAUGAUCUUCUCAAGCGAAAUAUUUCUGUUACUUAUUGAUCUUUUCUCACUAUGCUUUUCCUUCCACUUAACCUUCUAUUAAUAUCUUGCUUACAGAACUCUGCUAGUAUUUCAGAAAUCACCAUUUGUGGCUUUGAUGUCAGUCACAGUGGGAUAGCUGUGAAAUCAAAGGUCUCCCCCACGAUACUGCAGCUCUCUCUACUUCACUGUAUUGAGAGUGCUAUUCUGCAAUCUACCUUUAGAGGGCAGUGCAGCCCCCUUUUCACCAGAAACCUUCAUAGGAU